AUGGAGGGCGUUGUAGACCCAGAAACCUUCUACACCAAGCAGACUUGCAUCGGAGGCGGGAGCUUUGGAAAAGUUUACAAAGGAGUAGAUAAGCGGACAGGCCAAGCUGUUGCGAUUAAGAUUAUUGAUGUCGAAAAUGCCGACGACGAGGUUGAAGAUAUUAUUCAAGAAAUCUCCAUUCUGUCCGAACUCAAUUCUCCAUAUGUCACCAAGUACCAUGGCUCGUUCUUGAAGGGAUCAGACCUGUGGAUCAUAAUGGAGUUUUGUGCAGGUGGAAGUUGUUGUGACUUGAUGCGUGCAGGCCUCAUUACUGAGGACUACAUCAUGAUCAUUCUCAGAGAAUUGCUAAUGGGACUGGAUUAUCUCCAUAGUGACAAAAAAUUACACAGAGAUAUCAAAGCUGCAAACGUACUUCUUGGGGCAAAUGGUCAAGUUAAACUGGCAGAUUUUGGCGUCUCGGGACAACUUUCAGCGACCAUGACCAAGAAAAACACUUUCGUUGGCACCCCUUUCUGGAUGGCGCCAGAGGUUAUCAAGCAAUCCGGAUAUGAUCACAAAGCAGACAUAUGGUCCUUGGGUAUUACGGCGAUCGAACUGGCACAGGGCGAGCCACCAUACUCCGACAUCCAUCCAAUGAAAGUUCUCUUCCUGAUUCCCAAGAACCCACCUCCAGUACUUCAAGGCGACUUCAGCAAAUCAUUUAAGGAUUUUGUGGAAUUGUGCUUGAAGAAAGACCCUAGAGAGCGACCUUCAGCCAAAGAGCUGCUUAAACAUUCUUUUGUUAAACGAGCAAAGAAGACAACUUAUCUCACUGAGCUUAUUGAACGAUCAGAGCGGUGGCAGGCAGUUCAUGGUAACCGAUCAGCUGAUGAUGGGGACGAACGAGAUAGUUGUCGGCCUCCGCAUAAACCUUCUCCCGAGGAAGAAGAUCUGUGGGACUUUGGCACCGUCAGACCAGCCGGUGGGAGGGCGGCAGGGUUACAGGCAAUGAAUGAUGCCGCUGCCAAUGCAAGAAAGCAGGUACAUGAAAAAACAAAUAGAGCACCAAUUGAACCACGGAAGUGCUCUGCGGAUCUGCAUAUUCAGGACAAACCGUCGAAGGAUACCAUGAAGGCUCUACCAUUACCUCCUAGAUCACCUCAAAAACGUAAUCUUCCCGUUGCCCUCCCGGCCUCUCCUAUAUCUGCUGCCAAUGUUCCACUCCCACCAUCAAUGCAGAAACAAAAGUGUCUUCAGGAACCAUUAUUGCCCAAAACUCCUUCACAUUUCACGAAGCCUCUGCCAUUGCCCCAGAAGGAAAGUCCCAGCACGAGCGAUUAUGACAAGGCAUUGCAGCUAUCCUUAGCUCAGGACAUUGGUUUUCUCCAACUUGGUGAAGCAAGCGACCCGCAACGUUCGCAGCAAAAACAACUCCCAUACCCGGCUCCCAAUUCACCCACACCAGCCCCAGCAUUCCAGGAUCAUAUUCCAAAGAAACCAAUUCCAAUGCAUAUACCGGAAAUACCACCAUUUAAGGGGCAUUCUCUGGCAAAUCCGUUGGAAGAUGCAUCAAACAAAAAGCCCAGUCCAGCUAAGGUCAGCCCUUGCCAAAAGCCCCCAGGGGAACAACCGCUUCCAUUUCUCGCAUUUCAGUCCCACACUUUGGAUCAAAAUGUCCAGCAGCAGCCACCACCUCCCAUACAGCAGCAACAACGCCUUCCGCAGCUAUCAAACACGCAGCCAAAGGAUAUACCAAACAAACUGGAAUUACCACCACUGCAACAUCCACCCCAACCACUGCUACAACAAGACCAGCUACGCAAAUCCAGUAAAUUCAAUCAACCCUCAUCACUCCCCUUCUCCACAGAUCCAACUUCUUGCAACAACGACAUCACCGCUCUGAACGGCGUUAUCCUUCCUGCCCUCGAAGCCGCCCUUCACCGCCGCACCUACAACAUCAACGCCCUAGCACGGGGCUCGGGCGGUGGUGCUGGUCGCAAAAACAACGACCCCGCAGCUACAGAAUUGCUCCAACGUCGACACUAUGCGCAUGAAAAGCUGAAGCGACUCGUUAUAAAGGCUGCGGGCAUUUUUAAGGAAAUUGAGAAGUGGGAUGAUGACGCUCCUGUCGGGAUGGGUGGGGAUGUUAGUGCGUUUCUUGAAGGGUUUUUGGAGGAAGUGCUUGUGAGAGUUGAGCCAGAGGAGGAUUCUGCUGGUGCUGAGGGUGGGGCGACGGGUAAAAGUGGAUGA